ACGGCGUUUGAGCACAGCUGUUCCCUUCGUGGACUUUUCAUGUCUAGGUCGGAGCUUGUGCCUGGGGCAUACCAGCCGUACAGCACUCGUUCUUGCCUACUCUCUGUUCUACUCACUUUUGCGCUUGCAUUCUCCACAUUGGCCAAACCGCCGGCCCGGGCAAUCGUUAAGAGCUGCAAAGUGUCCUCAACUCCGGGCGCAGCGGAAGCACCGUCCUAUUCUGCCGGAAACUAAACCGGGGAGCCGACUCUCCCAAAUAAUACAUAACAUUAAUAGCUUGCUCUGCGGUUGCCCUCGUGCUCGCGACAGUGCUGCCAGUUGUUCUCUGCCCUUGU